CUUGCUGUAGUCAAAUGCCCAUCCAGGCUCUUGCUACUACCAUUCUGCCUGAGGUACCUGAAAUUUGAAGUACAAGAGACUGAUUAUGAGACUUAUGUGGAACCAAUGCUGGGACAUAAUCAACAUGGCUUCUGUCAGCAGUAAGUGAUAGAGUAGUGACUUCUACUUGAAUUUUUCUACUUGUUUUGGGAAUCACCCUCUGUCUCCCCCCACCCCACUCCCCUCCCACACACAAAGCCGAGUAAGUUUGGAAGAAGGACAACUUGCUCUUUAGCAAUGGAGAUUCAUUGUCAUGUCCAAUAAGAUGCUGGGCAUUGAACAGCUAAGUGGGGCACCUUGACAAGCCAAUGAGUUGUCUGUUGAUCUCUGGUUUAAAUUUCAGUAGCAUUGGUCCUUACCACAUUAUCUGUCUCCCAAGUGGAUACUCAGGAUCAUCCAGUUUUCAUUUCUGAGCUCUUGUCUUGCGCACACAAUCGAAGUGGUACGAACUGUUGAAAUGUCAUUACACACUAGAGGAUUUUCAAUCAAGGAGACCACCUGAUCUCGGACUUCCUUUACUGGCUAUAUGGUUCUUCUGCAUCACAGGUUCAAUGUUCAGGUUUGUUGAAGGAGACACAGAGCUUUUACCUGAUGUUGAAGCCGUAUGGAGCUAUAGUUGGAGGUGCUGCGGGGGUGCUUGCACUAGUGGCAGUAGUUGUUGGAUUUGUAUGGUUUUGCAAGUUACAGUGUAAAAACUUCUCAAACAAGAACUCAGAGACAGGUUCCUCAGAUCCAUCUGCACCAGUGGAAUGGAAUAGGAGAGGUGGACCCAGCUCAGCUGCAGCCCCGCCUCUAUCCGGACCACAGGGAGCAAGACAGUUCACAAUGGAAGAAUUGGAACAAGCUACCAAGCAAUUCAAUGAAAGCAAUCUAAUCGGAUAUGGAAGCUUUGGUUUGGUUUAUAAAGGUUUCCUUUCUGAUGGGACUAUUGUGGCCAUCAAAAGGCGUCCAGGCCCUCCUAGACAGGAAUUUGUUGCUGAGGCAACUAAUUUGUCAGAGAUUCAACACCGUAAUCUAGUUACUCUUCUGGGUUACUGCCAGGAAAGUGGAUCACAAAUGUUAGUUUUUGAAUAUCUACCCAAUGGCAGCAUGUGCAAUCAUUUGUAUGUUCACUGUUUGACAGAUACUGGGCUAGAGGCAACAACAAAACUAGAGUUCAAGCGAAGGCUGUCCAUAGCUCUAGGGGCAGCCAAAGGUUUACGUCAUUUGCAUACUCUAAAGCCUCCCUUAGUACACAGGAAUUUCAAGACGGCUAAUGUCUUGGUUGAUGAGAACUUUAUUGCCAAGGUUGCAGAUACAGGGGUUUCACGAUUACUUGAAAAAAUAGAAGAUGCAGGUCCAUCUCAAACACCCAGUGUCAAUGUUUUCCAACAUCCAGAGAUAGAAGAAUCAAGAACUUUCUCUGAGAUAAGUGAUGUAUACAGCUUUGGAGUUUUCCUCUUGGAGCUUAUAACUGGACGGGAGGCCUUAUAUGAUGACUCCUUUGGAUCUGAUGAAAGCUUAUUUCAAUGGGUGGAAACUCGUCUGAGUAUAAAUGAUUUUGUGGACCAUCGGCUAGUUGGAAGCUUUACCAUGGAGGGAAUGAAGGACUUGAUCAAGCUUAUGUUGCAAUGCAUGAGUCUUUCAGGAAAAUGGCAACUGAAGAUUGAAAAAGUUGUGCUUGAGCUUGAAAGGAUUCAUGAAAAAGAGAUGGCUCUGACCACAGGCACGGACGAGGGCACUACUAAAUUUACUUUGGGGAGCCAACUGUUUACUUCAAAAUGAAGGGAAUCAUUAAAAAAACAUUUGUUCAUGUUGGUUAUGUUUUAAGUCAAGCUUAAGCUUAUUUAUGCCAAACAACAGCAGCUGGCACUGGUUUGAUCAGUUUGCAUGAGUAAAAGAAGGCAAAGGCAGCACAAACUACUUUAUAUGUGGGGAUAUAAACUAUGGACUCAUUUGAUUGAUGAUGUGAAAUACCAACCUUCUAUUGGGUAGGCUAGCUGGGGAGCUUUAGCACUUUAGCUACAAUGACAUGACUAUUAGUAGUCCCACCAAGACACCACAUGGCCCAGAAAUCCCAAAAAAAUUGACACAGGGGCAAUUUUUAUGUCGGUUGAAUGCAGAGAGAAAGUAUGAAAGAAAAGACACAGUGACAGAAAAGAUUGUCAUUUAGUUGCA